UGACGUAAUCGAAAGCCUCGCUGCAGAGGCGAGCAGCGGCUAACGGGCUAAGCUUGCAGCCUUCCAGUCAAAGCCGAGGGACGUUAUGUCACGGCUCAUUCAUGCCUGCCGCCGGCGCCGCGCUGCUCUUUACCGCCGCAGACACCAGAGAACCGCCACUACCACAGAAACAUGGCUGAAGUGAAGGGAGCGCCACCAGCCGGCGGCAGCCCGGGGACUCACGGGGAGGCGCUGGCGCAGCCUCGGGAAAUGAUCAAGCCCAGCAUCACCGAACUGACCAAAGAAGUGAGGACCAACAUCCUCUGCACCGUGGAAGGAUGCGGCAAGAUCCUGCCCAACUCUCCAGCCCUCAACAUGCACCUGGUCAAGUCCCACCGAGUGAAGGACGGUCUCGUCAAUCCCACGGUCAGAAAGGACAUGAAGGCCUGCAAGAAGCUUUACUGCUGUCCCAUCGAGGGCUGUCCCCGGGGCCCGAACAGACCCUUCUCUCAGUUCUCUCUGGUCAAACAACACUUCAUGAAGAUGCAUGCAGAGAAGAAGCACAAGUGCUCCAAGUGCAAUAAUGGCUACAGCACAGAGUGGGACCUCAAACGGCAUGUUGAAGACUGUGGCAAAACCUACCAGUGCACCUGUGGUUGCCCGUACGCCAGCAGGGCGGCGCUGCUCUCACAUAUCUACAGGACCGGACAUGAGAUCCCUACAGAGCACAGAAUUCCCCCGGUUAAAAAGCGGAAGCUGGAGAAGCAGAUAAGUGGCUCUGAAAAGGUGAAAGACAGGGAAGUGACUUGUGAGAUGCUCGAUUUGACUGCCGAUGUUAAUGCCAGUCUGAGGUCAAACCCACGCAAGAACCUCCAAAAGCCGCUUUUACCCAAACCCAAGAUUGCUUUAGUCAGCGUGCCUGUGAUGCAGCUGGCUCACCUCCCGGUCCUCCUCCCGUCCUCAGACAGCGGCUCUUUGAGGCCUGUCGUCCUGGCAGUAGACAGCCAGGGUUCGGUUGGCACCCUGCACCUCCUGCCUCAAGCCUCCGGAGCUGUGGUCCCCCAGCUGGAAACUACACAUGUCAGCAUGCCCACUUCUCGCUCUUGUCUGGGGCCCAUCAGCACCGGGGUGCAGGUCAAUCUUGGAAUGGUGGAUGAGACGGCGGGUCUUCUUGGAGCACAAAGAGGAAGGAGCACAUCCACCAACAUCCAGACGGAAAAGUCGUUCCUCUCCAAAAUCCCUGCGGCAGUUGGCGAGGGGAUGGGCUUGUGCUCUGGCGGCGAGUCUGCGGUUUCCUCUUGCUCUCAGACUGACAUCAGUGUGAGCGCGCAGAUCCUCCUGCCAGUCAAUGUUGAGACCCAGACCUUCUCAUCAGGGGUGAAGGACACAUCGACCAUCGGAGCUCAGACAGACGGAAGCCCAGGCCAGCGUUCCACCUCGCCUGGACCCGCGAACCGAACGCGGCAGACUCAAACCUGCCUCUUGCCACAGUCAGAAAACCAGGGGAUCACUUGCACCAGCCCCUUUUCAGCUGACGCUCUCACCGUCUCCACUCAAACAGCGGUGGAUGUUGGAGAGCCUCUAGCAAGUCACCCGUUGUACGAGCACUCCAAGUCGGCGGGGGGCACGUGCUUUGGGGUGCAGACGGACGAGCUCAACGGCAACAACGUGGCGGACAACCAGACUCAAACGAUGACGUUGUUGAAUGAUCUGGAGAACAUUCUCUCUGCUCACCAAGAGCUCAGCGACAGCUCGGUGAGCUGCGCGUCGGGCCUGGGUCCCGGUCAGGAACAGCACAGCAGCAUUGACUUUGACUUUGAGGAGUUCCUCAAGGCCGUGCACAUUCAGACGCAGACUGAGGAGAGUGACCUGGAAGGCCUGGCCGCUGACACGCCUCUGGAGUCUUUAGAUAUCCAGACUCAGACUGACUUCCUGCUGAUGGACGAGCUGGACCAAAGCGUCGGACCAAACCGAGCCCAAGCCAGCGACCUGGAGCUCUUUGAUAUCCAAACCCAGACUGACCUCAACUUCCUGCUCAGCGCCGGAACUCACAUGCCGCUGAGCAGCAUCCUGCGCCACCCGAGCUUUUCGAUGAGCACAGAGUCGUCCGACACGGAAACCCAAACGGACCUUCCUGCAUUUGUCCCGCAACAGACCCCGGUCGGCCACGGCGACAGCGCCAGGCUCCUGAACAGCACAGAGACACAGACCAACCAGGCGGGCGGCCUCGGACACCUUUUUCUGACCAGCAACGAAACCCAAACGGUCAUGGAUGACUUCACGACGGCCGACCUGGCGUGGAACAUGGUGUCCCACUUCAGCUCGGUGGAGACCCAAACGUGCGAGGAGCUCUGCGCUCUCUUUCAGCCCCACGAGAAACCCAACAGCUGAAGCUUCAGCCGGACUCCCCUGAAGCGUCUCUCCUCCGUCUGCCUCUUCGUGUGAGAGGAUCCCGCCGCCUCACCUCCAGCGGUCCGCGGCUUUCCCAACAAGUCCGAAAGCUGUUUGAUCAUUCCAAAAGGGCGAGUUCCGAGUCUGCAGCCUGACAGCAUUGUGCACUUUAUGAGCUUAAAUCACAGCCACCCUAAGCUUUUGACAGUUUACAUAUUUAUUUGCACAGAAAUGUAUCAUUACGUGUCUUGUCUUUGGAAGGUUUGUUUGUUUCAGUGUCCGACUACUUCUCGGUUCCUUUAGUCGGCGUUCCCUGGAACGUUCUGAGCUCUGUUAAGUCGUGUAGAUUGUAGUGGGUCUACUUUGGAAACGUGCAUGUAACUGUUACUGUGGUAGCACAAUGUCUUUAGAUCUACUGAUGUACGCGUGAGACCUGCUGACCUGUGAGAGCAUGUGAGGGAGGUGGGCUCGAGCUUCAGCCGUGUGAGCUGAAAGAUGAAGUCUGUUUCUCUUGGCUGAACUGAUCAGGCGGGUGUUCAGGUCAGAGUCGUCAUUUAUUCAUGUGACUUUUCUCAAGUGUCUGCUGACUAGCGCAGCGCUAGGCCGCUUUUCUUCACGCCCACCAGUUCCUUGUGUAUCAAAGUUUCUUUAUUUUGCACUGAUCGUGUGAACUGAACCAGUGGCAUUGUGGGCAACUGCUGUGUGUUCUACGUGGGUUUUGGUGCCUUAAAUGAAUCGCUUACCUUCGCUCACCGAGGAACGAGCUGCUGCUUCUGUCUUGUGUUAGUUUGGCGGAAGGAAUCUUUGCUCAUUUACUUUGCAUGUUCAGUUCUGUUUUCAUGUCCCUUGCAUGAAUGUCUGUAAAUAAUGCCAAGGAGCAUUGAAGCAGAGAGGAUUUUGUUGUCAGUGUUGCUGUUGAAAACUAAAGAUUGUGCAGCGUUUCUGUUGACUGUGUCUUCCAGGCCACGAGAUUUAGUUGUUGUUUCUGUCCAUGACUGCCGUCUGUUCACGUGGCAGAGCAGAGAUUUCGUUCCAAAACCUUACUGUGUUUGAUGCCUUUUCUUUCACAAAACAUGAGCUGUUUUGUAUCGCAUGCUGACAGAUUGCAGCAUAGCUUAUUGAUGACUGCUCUUGGUUUUUGUUGCUGUUUCACCGAAAGCUACUCUUGAAUUGAUGCCAAUAAACAUCUGGAAAAUGAACAAGUGAAGCGUCUGUUUUCCCAAAUUCUAUUAAUCAGACAGUGUUUUAAUAACUUAAUACGUGUGUCAUACCAUGACUUGUUUUUAAACUUAUCCGGCUUCAAGAACACGAGGAGACAUUCCUCGACCAACACUGUAAUUAUGAGUCGGA